GUCAAAGCCCUCACUUUUCUGUAAUUCACUGAAUUCUUCUGUGUCAAGAUUUAAAAAAAAAAAAAAAAAAAAAAAAAAAAAAAAAAAAAAAAAAAAAAAAAAGAUAAAUAAAUUCAGGGCUAGGGCAAAUGUGGAUGGUUUUGGACGGAUGCUCGAAAACGGUAAAUAGAAAUGUCCAUACGGAAAGUAAUUAUUCCAACGUGUACACAUCGAUUUCCAAGCUAAUUUUUGUUGGGAAAAGGUACAGUAUAAGAUAAAAAAUAAAAAUAAAAAUAAAAACUGGGAAAAACAUGUUCUAGGACAUUAUUUAUUGCUGCAGUCUGCCGCUCUCCUCCUCCGGCCAUGGCGCUCCUACUUUCGGCCAGCUUCUCGAUGCCGCACUGUUCCCGCCAAACUCAAUUUCAGCCAUCUUACUCAAGGAGAUUAACUGGUGGAAGACUUUCAAAUUCAUUUACCAGCCGAGCAGUGAAAAAGCGUGUAUCAGGCAAGUAUUGUGGCGAAGGCAUGAUUUCAUCGACGGGGAGGCAUUCAAGAGAGUGGGUUGAUGUAGGUGGUGCAUGUUGUUGUGCACAUGUCCGAAUUUCAGGGUUUUGGAUGGGGCCAGAUGCAGAAGACGGAUGGGGUUUCGUAGAAGCCACUGUAUAUAUGUGGUACUUACAAGCACUCAAGUUUAACUGCAAGAUUACAGCCAAAGUUAUACUCUAUCCAUCUGAACUAUUUCCUUAUUAGUCCGUCUCUAAAAAGCUAUGAACUUUUUAUUUUUGGAAUA